AUGCCGGCACAGCGCUGGAGUCUCUUUGACGUCAUCAAGCGCUUGGUGAGGGAGCAGUUCCAGGCCGUGGAGAAGGUGUUCCAUGAGCUGGACGAGAAGAACACCCGGCGCCUGACGCAGGAGACCAUGUAUCAGCUCCUCAAGAGGUUCCUGGUCCGGCCUGAGGUGAGUCGUGGUCAGAUCCGGCAGCUGUGGGCCAGCCUCAUCACGCAGCAGGACGGCACGCUGGACUUCCUGCAGUUCGCUCGCCACUUCGGCCCCUCCCUCAAGUCCGCUCGCUUCCCCAACGCCAAGCGCUGCCCGCCUCAGCGUGGGGACGAGAACCUGCGCCAACGCUCCAAGCGCCUCACGUGCCUGUCUGACAUACUGGUCCAUGCUGUACACGCCAAGGUGGAACAUUCCCUUCCUGAUCUGCAGCUGGAGUUUGAGGAGAUGGACCCGUACCGCACUGGCUUUGUGAGUCCAGCGGAGUUCAAGGAGGUUCUGUUGACGCUCUGCUCCCAGCUGGACGAAUACGAGUGUGACGUCCUUGCUAGGAAGUUUGACAUCAACAGAGACGGAAGGGUUUCCUACAGUGAAUUCCUGAGGCCCUUUGCUGGACAUAAGCAGGCAUGGAGGAAUGGAUCCAACAUGGCUGCCAUCUUGCAGUCGCACAGAGAGAAUGGGGAUUUGACUGAGGGGAAGGACACCUCCAAAUUAGGAACCCUGAAUGUUAGGCUCAAGAAGAAGCUCCAGAGGAAGCGGCGAGCCCUGCGCCGUGCCUUUCUCCGGCUGGACGUGUCCCGCUGUGGCCUGCUGUCGGUGGCGGAGCUGCGGGCCGUCCUGCUGCUCUGUGGCGUCUCUCUGGACCAGGAGGAGCUCUACCAGGUGCUCUCCCUCCUGGACCAGGACCUGGGGGGCCGCGUGGACUACCGCUCGCUUCUCCAGCACAUCAGCAAACCACCACAGCCAGGAGAUCAGUGA